AUGGGAGUUUCAGUAAGAGAUAAUGAUCUUCUAAAGCUGGUGCAUCCUGGCCGGUACGUCGAGAUCUAUCGAGAGCCGGUGAUUGCAGCCGACAUCAUGACGAAGUACCCCAGACACUGCAUUGCAAGGCCUGAUGUGUUUCAGUUUCCUUGGAUUUCUGUACGCCCCGAAUCAGUUUUAGUACCAGGGAAAGUGUUUUAUCUCGUACCUUUUAGUACCAUGCACAAAUUGCUGGAGUCUAAAAAACCGCAGCAUGAUCAGAAUUCUUCGGGAAGAAAUCAAUCAGAUCAUGAUCAUAGUCAUCGUCAUCCUCUUCAUCGUCGUCAUAAUCCUCGUCGUCAUCAUGAUUACGACCAGACUUCUCCGAUCAAAUCAAUGGCUGGAGUGACUCCAAAGCAUCUACCGCAUGACAGAUACAACUUUAGACAGUUUGAUAAUAAGAACUCUCAUGAUCAUCAGGACCAAGAUUUUGAUGGGAGUUUGUACAGGUCAUCCUUCUAUGAAUCAUGGAAUAGUGCUCGUGAGAUUUUGAACCAUGACAAAACUGAUUAUCAGAUUGAUUCGUUAUUCGACAGUGUCAUGACGAGAAAUGGGCGUCUGCGAGUAACGACCCCAGAGCGUGACGCUCUGCAGCUGAGAUCCUGCAUGAGGAAGCCGGAUAGUGUUCGGAAGUUGCUAGAGUUGAAGGUAACUUUUGCAUCUCCGAUUAUCAUUCCAAGUACUCCAAGAGAGUCCCCAAGACUUCAGCACCAUUUUAUGACUUCUUAG